UGUUACAUUGUUAAAAUGCGCCUUUGCAGUUGUUGUUUGUAUAGACUGUUUACAAAGGUUAGCUCAAGAGCAUUUGCAAAGCCAGGCUGUGUAAUGUUAAGCGCCACCAGCAUUGACUGCAAGUGCCUCCUAAAAUUGAAUUGGCAGGGGCUGCACUUCACAGCCCCUGCGACAGUAAUCCAUACUGCACACUUAGAUUUGAAAGCACUAACUGUGCGCUAUGGUCGUUCAUCAGCACACAGCUUGGUGCAGACCCUUUAGAUUUGCAGGUUGCUUCCAUUUUGUUGUGGCACGGUUAAGGACAGUGGAGGUUCAGAGAUCUUCUGUCACUGUAAAGAGCUGACGUUUGAGGUUAUCAGUCCAGUUGAGGUUAUCAGUCCAGUAGAGCUGCGUGGUCUGAUUGCAGUGCUUAUCAUGGGCAUCUCUCUUAUGUACUGCAAGUAUAGAAGCCUGCCUGAUGUCCUGGUAGACUUGAAUAGAGGUGCAGAGAUGGACAAGGGAGCUUGAUUUUUAAUGUGCAAAUGAGUAAGUGCUCAGCCACUGCAGCAAAGAAAAAAAAAAAAAUUCAAAAGGUGGGGCUGAAAUUGUGUUGCCUGCCUCAACCUGCUUUCCAGUAAAUUGGAAGUGUGAUGCAAUUUAGGGGAUGUGGGUGAAUUCUGAAGACUAGGAACCCAUUCACACUUGCCAACAUUACAUUGCUAUGAAGCAGAUGUUCACUCGAGGAGCCUGGAGGGGAAGCAUGGAAGAAAGAAGGGUCAUGGGUAGACAGUUCUGGCAAAUCCACAGAACAUGAGUGGAUGAGAGGCCCCAGGACUGCCCACAUUAAAAAUGAAGAUUCAAAUCUUUGCAUCUGUGAAUUUUCAAGUUAAGCAGCAAUAACUCAUACAGGUCUGUAUAUUCAUCUUGACGGCGAACCCUAAGGAUGAAAAGGCCAGAUUAAAAAAAAAAAAAAACAACACAGGAGACUGGAUUAUAACGACCUGUUACCUUGGUUGGUGUAUCAAAUAUCCGUAUUAAAAAAAAAAGGAUAAAAAGGGAACAACAUAAAAGAACAAAGAUACAAUUCAGAAAGAAAAUACUUCUCAGCGGUGAAACAAGAAAACCUAUUGUAAAUAAACCCCCAAAAAACGUGCUCAACGCACUGCUACGCAAAUGUGGCCGUCUGGGAAGACUGUCAAGUAAAAGCAGCCAUGGCAGACGUUACAAGCUAUAAGGAUACUACGAGCCGCCACCUGCGGCACAAAUUGCAGAGCCUCGGUCGCCGUCUGGAUGAGCUUGAGGAGGCUACCAAGAACCUGCAGAAAGCCGAAGAUGAACUUCUAGACCUCCAGGACAAGGUCAUCCAGGUGGAAGGCAGCAACUCCAGUCUGCUAAACGAUGUGGACGCCAUGCGGAAACGUGUCCUGAAAAUAGAGGGCAAGGAUGAGGAAGUCAGGAAGGCAGAGGAACUCUGCAGGCUCUUCAAUGAGAAGAUGGGGGCAGAGGAAAAUAUGACUAAAGAGCUGAAGACUGAAACUGAACGGCUUCAGAGACGGAUGGCCGAAAUGGAGACACUGGAAGAAGCCUUCAGCAAGAGUAAAUCAGAUUGCACCCAGCUCUGUCUGAGCUUGAAUGAGGAGAAGAACCUGACCAAGAAGCUUGCCUCGGAGCUGGAGACGUUUAAAGCACGGCUGAAGGAGAUUGAGUCUUCCGAGAGCAGGCUGGACAAGGCCGAGCAGAGCUUGGUGGGCGAGCUGGAAAAGCUAAAGUCGUUUACGUUGAGUUUCGUCAAUGAGAGGAAGAGCUUUCUGGAGAAGCAGAAGCGGGACGAGCAGCUGAUACAGGAGCUGACCCAGAAACUGGAACAAAACAAUAGGAUCAACUUGGCAGACCAAAGCAGGAAUGCAUCCAAUCUCCUCCAUCGCUCCUCAGAGAUUGGGGAUCUCCGGAUAGAAGAUGAUCUUUCCCCGGGCAUGACAACCAAGGUUGGUAUGAGGAAGAAGAGUCUUGACUACUUGAAGUUGUCGGAUGACGUGGGUCUGCGAAACAAAUCUGAGAACAUAAAGAACAGUAGUGAGGGCCAGGAGGACAACAAGGUGAAGGAUCUCAACCAGGAGAUUGAGAGACUCAAAAACCGCCUGAAGCAGCUUGAAUUGGUUGAGGAGGAACUCAAGAACUCCGAGGCCAAGAACGGAGAGCUUCAGGAGAAAUUCCAGAUGGAGAAAAACCACAACAAAGCCCUGAGCGAUCAGAUGGAACAGUUAAAGGUGCUGCUCAGCGGUGCUAAAAUCCUUGAGAAUGGCAAAGCAGAGAAUGAGGAGAUAAAUGUCCGGGGAGGUUUCCGGCAAGAAAAGCCCAAGUACAGGAGCGGGGCAACAGAUCAGCCUGUCUCCAAAACCCGAGAACUGUCUCCUCAGCAGAGAAGGGAAAGGAUAAGGAACAGAGACUACAGUCAACCAGAGGAGAGCUGUCCUCAAUCUGUCCGCAGGGCUCUUAGCCCUAGUUUGAAGAGCAGAAGGGCUGGGAAAGCUGGCACAACAGCACUGGUUGAUACCGGAGUCAAAGAAAGGGGAAGGGGAGUAGAAGAAAAAGUUGUGAUUUCCAGCUGUAUGUCCACAAGCAUAUCCCAGAAUGAGGUGAAGAAAACAAGGGAGGUGCCUUCGGUUCUCAGUCGCUACCCCCCGGCUGCUAAUGUCCAGAAUGUCCAAAAGCCUUGGAAAACAUCUUCUAAAACCAAUGAGAGUGAUGGCAAAAACCGGGCUGAGAGGUUGUACCCUGGAAGCGACCUUGAAUCAGUUAACACUGAUGCACUUUUGGAGAAGCCAAAUAAAUCUGCCAGUGCACUACUCUCUGAAAAGCAGAAUGCAAAGGCAUAUUCGCUGGAUCAGCCAGUGGAGAGACUGGCCUCAGCCCCUGUUUCCAAGUCCAACGGGUCAGCCCUGUCUUACCGGUCUCAUUCGUCUUCUUUACCACUGCAGGAUAAUGGGUCUGAGAGCCCAUCUUCGGCCUCUGAGACCGAAUCCACAGGAUCCAGACACUUGUCCUCCCUAGGCGAGCCUGAACCAUCCCCUGAAGUGACUGCGUUAAGUGGUAGGUCAUCUGUGUCCUCGAGGUAUACUCGCUAUGCCAGACUGCAGAACUCUGUUUCAGAAGGAUCAUCCGCUCGAAGUUCCUUUGAGGAAGAAACAGCCAGAGCCACGGCCACUGAAGGCAUGUCUUCGGAAGCGACGCACACCCCGACAGGGAUUGAGAUCCGUAGAGUGUGCAGCCCAAGGGAGGCGCUGAGAUCCAAAGCAGUCAUCAAGCCAGCCAUUGUGGAGAUCGACUGUAAGGAAGUUAUGAGUGGUACUGGGGUGGAGCCGUUGAUUUCAGAAAACAAAUCCAAAACUUCCACCAAGUCAGUGAGCAAGAUGUCUAGCAGCAUUACCAUAUACCCCUCUGAGCCAUCACUUCCUCGGUCCAGCUGCUGCAGUAGCAAUAGCAGCGAUGCACCAAAGGAAAGGCAUACCUCUACCAGCAAUAUAGUGAUAACUGCAAGGGAGACACCGAAUACUCUGUCCAUACCCUACGAGAUCGCUAUCCCCAAGAGUGAAUUCACUCUAAAGUCCUCAGAGGAGGCAGAGGAUUUCCUUGCAUCAGAGGAUAAGAUAGAAGCUCAGGUCUCCAGGAGCUCAUUCACCAUCAAGGCCCUGGAACCGAUGGAGAAUAACAAUAAUGAGACGUCCUUUGAGAGCAGCAGCAGCAGCAGCAGUGGCAGCUGGAGGAGCCACCAGUCUACCAUGGAGGAGAGCUCUCUAGAUGUGAAGAAGGUGACUGUAAGGAGCACCUGGAGGACAAAGCAAGGGGCGUUCUCCGUAGAUGAGGGCAAGGAAUCCAAGAGUGAUGCCGGCGACGAGGACUCUGACUCCUGCAGUACGUGGAGGGCUUACCGGGCUACCACCGUCCUGGACGGGGAGGAGACCAGCCACACCUCUAAGCCCAGUCCUGCUGAGCUGUACAUGCGGAGGAUAAACAGCACUGUGGGUUCCUGGGAACCGCCAGAACCGGUGCGAAGGAGCAAAACAGAGAGCCUUCUGAGGAAGAGUUACGCCCAAGCCCAUGAGCCAGUAACCGCACAGGAGCUGUCCUAUAGGAACCGCCCAAAAUCACCGGCAAGAGAGGACAGCACAGACCUAUCGGCCACCUCCCGAAGAAGGCAGUCUCCGUCCGACCUGGGAUCUGUGAGCAAGAGGCAGUCGUCCAAUCAUGAGCUGUGUCCGAGCCCAGGGGGGAUAUCCAGCCGGCCCCCGAGCAGCCAGUCCGAGGGGAGGGGCUCCACGGGACGAACCUGGAACCACCGGCAAGCUGACAACUAAACCAGCUGGCCCUGUUCACCGGGUUUUCCCCUAUUCUGGGUGACCUUGGGAAGACAUCUCCUUUAGUCCUUUUGAGUAGCACCUCUCACCUUUCUGAAAGAAAAUACUCCAGAGAUACUGUUGUCAAGUUUGUUUUUGCCCAUUCCACAGGAAAUGGCAAUUGUAUAUUUUUCUAGGAACUGUUCUCCAUGGAUGUAGUUUUACCAGCUGAUGGAUACAUACAACCUGCAUACAUAUGUAUUGUAUAUCUAUACUGUGUGUGUGUAUCUAUCAAUAUAUAUAAAAUGUGUGUGUAUUUGUUAUUUUCUUGACGAGGGAGACCUUUGCAUAUCCAUCACUCAGGAGAAGCUUUACAAUAGGAUUCAUUACAGUCACAACUGGCAAUAAGGCACCUGUUUCUGAUUCACACAGUUUGGGCUGUUAUUUUGGAAUACAUUCAUUUAAACAUUGUGCUGCCUAAAUAAUGCGUUAUUGAAAAUCUCAUUCAUAAUCCUGCUAUCGGCACAGGUUGGCAUAAGGAGUAUGACUAGGGUGGCUUGUCAUGUACCGUUAUAAUUGUAUUCCUCAUAGAAAGUGUACCUCUGCAAUUGCCUCAAAAUAGGGCUCUUUUGUAAUUAAAGGCAGAGGUUCCUGACUUGUGACUGAAGUGCAAAUGUGGGAGUCGGAAUUGACCAAACGCAGGGAGCGAAUUACUUUUUUUUUUUUAAUGAAUUUUUAUGUUUUAUUUCUUGUAAUUGUUUGAAUGAUUGCAACGUUUCAGAAGUCUCUUUGUGUUCUGGAACUAAAGAAAGACUUUUAUAUAGAUGUACUACAAUAGACGAAGGACUUUCCUGUAAUAAAAUGCACUGGCAUGCCUGAUACUGGAACUCGAAACGCUGGAGUACAGGAAUGCACAGUUUAAACACCAGUAAGUGUAAUGUAUAGCUAGCAUAAAAACACUCACUGUUAUAAAAUAGAAAACAAACAAAAUAGAACCUUUUUGCAAAGAGAUGUGUUGUUAUAAGCAUUGCUAUGUAAUGCAUAUUAAAAAGACCAA